AUGGCAUCGAAUUCAACAAUUCCUCAAGUAUCUCAAUUUCCAGGUGAUCGUACAGCACCAAAAGCAAAUCUUCGUCUUGAAUGGGUUUAUGGCUAUCGAGCAGCUAAUUGUCGAAGUAAUGUACAUUUAACUGAAAAUAAUGAAUUAGUUUAUUUUUCUGCUGCUGUUGCUAUUGUUCAAAAUAUUCAUGAUAAAAAUCGUAAUCAACAACGAUUUUUUCUUGGUCAUGAUAAUGAUAUUAUUAGUUCAUGUCUUCAUCCAGAUAAAAUCACUAUUGCAACAGGUCAAAUUGGUACAAAUGCACAAAUUUGUAUAUGGAAUACACAAGGAAUAAUAAAAUUAGAAAGUCUUUUACAAGGACAUGCAGAUGGUGUUGGAGCAAUGAAUUUUAAUGCAGAUGGAGAAAAAUUAGCUAGUGUUGGUAUUGAUCAUGAUAAUACAAUUAAAAUUUGGGAAUGGCGUCGUGGAAAACUUUUAGCAACUGUUGCUGGACAUACAGAACGUGUUUUUGAUAUUAUUUAUCAUGGUGAUCAUGUUAUUACUUGUGGUGUUAAACAUAUUCGUUUUUGGACAUUACUUGGUAAUACAUUACAAGUUGAAGAAGGACAAUUUGGAAAUUCAGAAGCACAAACACUUUUAUGUCUUGGACAUUUUCUUACUUUGGAUACAAAACAAUUAACAGAAUCUAAAGAUAAUGAUUAUUUAUGUUUUACAGGAGCUAUUAAUGGAGAUCUAUAUGUAUGGAAAAGAUAUAAAAUUGAUCGAAUUAUUCAUGGAGCACAUCAGUCAACAAUUUAUUCAAUUGAUAUAAAUCCUAAUGGUUUUCUAACAAGUGGUAAAGAUGGUAUUGUUAGACAAUGGACAAAAGAUUUUACUCCUAUCGGACAACCAGUUUAUAUUCCAUGUUUAAUCAAUGAUACAGAAGAUAUAAGUGUAUGUGGUAUUGCUUCACGUAAUGGUUAUUGUGUAGCGGGUACUCGUGAUAGUGAAAUCUAUGGAUUUGAAUUAAAUGGAAAUACUAUUCCACAACUUCUUGUUCAAGGUCAUCAUGGUGAUACUUUAUAUGCAUUAGCUUGUCAUCCACGAGAAAAUAUUUUUGCUACUGGUGGAGAUGAUGGUUCACUUAGAUUUUGGAAUGCUGAAAAAAUGUCAAUAAUAACAUUUUAUUUGACACCUUAUGUUCCAUUAUCACCACCUCCUGAUAUUCGAUCGUUAGCUUUUUCAUCAAAUGGAAAUCAAAUAGCUGUUGGAUAUGAUAAUGGUUUUAUUGAAAUUUAUCCAACAUUAUUAAAAGAACAAAAACAACUACGAGUUGAACCAUUAUAUACAAUGAAUGAUCGUACAGAUCGUAUACAAUCAUUAGCAUUUUCUCCAAAAGAUAAAUAUCUUGCUGUUGGUUGUGCUGAUGGAAGUUUUGAUAUUUAUGAUGUUGGAAAUAAAUUUCGAAAUUUACUUUUUAAAAAUCCUGGUAAUAGCAUAUCUGUUACAAAUAUUGAUUGGACUGAUGAUGAAAAAUAUGUUCAUUUUACUGGAGAAAAUAAAGAAGCUUUUAUAGCUAAAAUACCAUCUUUUGAAAUUGUAUCUAAUGAUGAAAAAGAAAAUAUACGUCAUUGGUCAACAUUUACAAGUUUACAACAUAAAGAAGUACGUGGUAUAUGGAAUAAAUUUGCAGAAAAAACAACUAUUGUUGCAAUUAAUGGAAAUGAACAUGCGGGCGUUAUUGCUGCUGGUGAUGAACAAGGACUUAUUAAAUUAUUUCGUUUUCCAAGUGAAAAACGUGGUGCUCAUUUUAAAAAAUAUGUUGGACAUUCAAGUAGAAUCGCUGAUGUUUGUUUUCUUCAUGAUACAAGUCGUUUAAUAACAAUUGGCAGUGAUGAUCGGACAAUAAUGCAAUGGCAUUUUACAUCUGAAUCAGAUUCAAUUGCAAUUGUUGAUGCAAAACGAACGAGUAUUGCACCAACUUCUUCACAAAUGGGAUUAGAUGCAGCAAUUACUGGAGAUAUACCGGAUGAAACUAUUGAAGAUGCACAAAUGUUACAAACAGCUCAAUAUACUGGAGGUUAUUUAGAUUCAGAUUCAGAAGACUCAGAUUCAGAUUUAAGUGGUGUUGAAAUCGAUUCAGAUAUUGAAAAAGAAAAACAAAUUUCAUAUGAUAGAACUUUAUAUAGAGAAGAUUAUCAAAAAUUAAAAAAAACAAUGAAAGAAAAACUACCACCGGGUGAAAAGAGAAAAAAACAACCUGAUGAAGGUCUUACACUUGAUUAUGUAUUUGGAUAUCGUGGUUAUGAUUGUCGAGAUAAUGUUUUUUCUUUAAAAGCUGGUGAAAUUGUUUAUCAUGUUGCUGCACUUGGCAUUGUUUUAAAUACAGAACAAUAUCUACAAAGAUUUUAUAAUUGUCAUACAGAUGAUAUUUUAUGUUUAACUGUUUCACCUGAUAUGACAUUAGUUGCUACAGGACAAAUUGGUCGUGAUCCACCUGUUCAUGUAUGGGAUCCAGUAACAAUGCAAACAAGUUCAAUUCUGAAAGGUCAACAUGAUCGAGGCAUUUGUUCUCUUGGAUUUUCUAGAAAUGGUAAACUUUUAGCUUCAGUUGGUUUAGAUGAUUAUCGAACAAUUGUUAUAUGGAAUUGGAAAAAAGGAGAAAAAAUAUCAUCACAAAGAGGACAUAAUGAUAAAAUUUUUUGUUUACGUUGGAAUCCACAUGAUGAUGCUCGAUUUGUAACUGUUGGUGUUAAACAUAUUAAAUUUUGGGCACAAGCUGGUGGUGGUAUGACAUCAAAACAAGGUCUUUUUGGAAAAAUUGCUGGAAAACAAGGAAAACAAAGUCAAAUGUGUGUAGUUUUUGGUAAAACAGUUGAUAGUUGUAUAACUGGUGGUGGUGAUGGAUCGAUUUAUAUUUGGACAAAUACAUCAUUAACAAGAACGAUUCCAGAUGCACAUAAAGGACCUUUAUUUGCAAUAGCAGCAGUACAAGAUAAAGGUUAUGUAACUGGUGGAAAAGAUGGAAAAGUUAUACUUUGGGAUCCAGAAUUUAAGAAGAGUAUUAAAACAUAUGAAUUAACAAAUAAACAUUUAACUCCAGAUUCUCGAGGUAUGCUUACUGAAGAACCAACUGUAAUUCGUGCUGUUACUUUAACACGUCGUAUUAUUGUUGGAACACGAGGUGGAGAAAUAUGUGAAAUUGAAAAAGAUGGUCGAAUUCGUAUUCCUAUUCAAGGUCAUGCUGAAGGUGAAGUGUGGGGUUUAAGUACAAAUCCAAAAAAAUAUGAAAUAUGUACUGUAAGUGAUGAUAAAACUGUUCGAAUAUGGUCAUUAAAAGAUCGAAGAAUGCUUCGAUUUAAAACUUUUACAAAACUAUUACGUACAUGUGAAUAUUCACAAAAUGGAAAAACAAUUGCCAUGGGAACAAAAGAUGGUCAAGUAAUGAUUUUAAAUGAAACAGAUUUGAAUGUUAUUAUGUCUACUAACCAUAGAAAUCAAGAAGUAUCAGAUAUCAAAUUUUCACCAGACGAUCGAUAUUUAGCUGUUGGUACACAUGAUAAUUUUGUAGAUAUUUAUAAUGUUGAAACACAAAAACGUGUUGGUAUUUGUAAAACAAAUUCAUCUUAUAUAACACAUAUUGAUUGGGAUGCAAAAGGAAAAUUAAUAAUGACAAAUUCAGGUGCAAAAGAACACUUAUUUUAUGAAGCACCACGUGGUACAAGAAUAACAUCAAUUAAAAAAGCUGAUAUUGAAAAAAUGGAUUGGUUUACAUGGACAGGUGUAUUAGGACUUGUUUGUGAAGGUAUUUGGCCACCAGCUACUGAUGUAACUGAUGUUAAUUCAACUCAUUUAACCAAAGAUACACGAACUUUAGCAACUGCCGAUGAUUUUGGUUUUGUUAAACUCUUUGAUUUUCCUGUUAAAGGAAAAUUUGCUAAAUUCAAACGAUAUACAGGUCAUAGUGCUCAUGUAACUCGUGUUCGUUGGACAUUUGAUGAUUCUUAUUUAAUAUCAAUUGGUGGUCGUGAUGUUGCUACAAUAGUUUGGAAACAUGAAUUUGAUCGAGGAACUACAAUUCUUACAGAUUCUAUGUCAAGAACUACUGUUAAUGCAAGUCCUACAACAGUUAAAAAUUCAAUGUCAAGAACUACUGUUAAUGCAAAUCCUACAACAGUUACACUUCCUGUUCAACGACAACCAGGUGAAAGUGACGAUUCUGAUAAUACAGAUUCUGAAGAAGAAGGCUAUGAUUCGGAUGUACAACAUGAUCGACGUAUGGAUUAUAAUGCACGAAUUCUUAUUAAUCCAAUUCGAACAAAAACUGAUGUAAAAGAUAUACGUAAACCAACAACAGAGAAGCAUAGACCAAUCCGUUUAAAAAUGAAACCAUCAGAUAGAAAACCUCAAGAUGAAUUAGCAGUUGUUAAAGCUACUUUCAAAUCUGCACUUAGUUUAGGUUUAUUAAGUGCAACACAAAUAAGUUCAAAACAGGAAGAAAUUGUUGAUGAUGAUAGUAAACCACAAGGACGUAUUGUUGAUCUUCAAUUACAUCAUAUUCAUGGUUAUCGUGGUUUUGAUUGUCGAGAUAAUUUAUUCUAUUUACCUGAUAAUGAAUCAAUUGUAUAUCCAGCAGCUGGUGCUGGUGUUAUACAUGAUAUACGUCGAGGUACGCAAAAAUUUUAUUUAAAACAUACGGAUGAUAUUAUAUCAAUGGCUGUACAUCAUGGAGGAAAACAUGGAAAUAUAGUUGCAUCAGGACAAAUUGGAGAAAAUCCAACAAUUCAUAUAUGGAAUCCACAAUCAAUAAAAACUCUUUCCGUCUUAUCUGGUAAACAUAGACGAGGUGUUUGUUCAUUAAGUUUUUCAGCAAGUGGAAAAUUAUUAUUAUCCGUUGGUGUUGAUGCACCAUAUACAAUAGCUGUAUGGCGAUGGGAAGAAGGUAUUAAUGUUGCAAGUACAACUGCAUCCGAACAACGAAUAUUUCGUGCAUUAUUUCGUUCGGAUUCGGAUACACAUUUUGUAUCAGUUGGUGUAAAACAUUUAAAAUUUUGGUCGGUUGCUGGAAAUACAUUAGUUGAAAAAAAAGGUAUUAUUACAAAAACUGCCGAUGGAAGACGAUCAUCAAAAAUGCAAACAAUGCUUUCAAUUGCUUUUGGACCAGAUGAGCGAACUUAUACAGGUAGUAUGACUGGUUUAGUAUUUAUUUGGCAUGUUAAUACAUUAGAACGAACAAUAAAUGCUCAUACUGGACCGAUUUUUUCAAUGUUUAGUUCAGAUAAUUGUAUUGUUACAGGUGCUAAAGAAAAACGUUCUCUUUCUUCAACCGAUGCACUUAAACCACUUAAAAUAUGGGAUUUUAAUAUGAAUAAUGGACGAUCAAUAAAACUUGAUUUACCACAAACGGAUACAAUUUGUGUUCGAUCUGUUUGUCGUAAUUCUCAAGGAAAAAUUUUAGUCGGUUUAAAAACUUCUGAUAUUGUUGAAAUUGAUGAGAGAUCAUCCAGUUCUCAAUCAGCAUCAUUAGUAUUUGGACAUGGUGAAGGACAAUUAUGGGCAUUAUCACCACAUCCAACUAAACCAUUAUUUGCUACAGGAAGUUAUGAUCGAAAUCUUGUUAUUUGGACUACAAAUACUAAAGGUCUUUUAGUAAAACGUGAUAUGGGAAAAGAAAUUCGUAGUAUUUCAUUUAAUCCUGAUGGAAAUUUAUUAGCAGUUGGUUUUAAAGAUGGACAAGUUAGUUUAGUGAAUUAUUCAGUUGAAAAUAAAGAAUUAACGGAAAUUAUUAAAACAAGAGAACGUAAUGCUGCAAUUCUUUGUGUUAGAUUUAGUCCUAAUGGCAAAAUCUUAGUUGCUUCAUCAGAAAAUUUUUGUAUUGAUUUUUUUGAUGUUCAACAGGAAAAAUUAAUACGUAUUGGUUAUGUAACACAUAUUGAAGAUGCUAUUUCACAAAUAGAUUGGGCUACAAAUUCAAAAUACAUAAGAGCAACUACAAUUGGAUUUCAUGGAUUUAUUUUUCGUGCACCUGCUGGUGAAGAAGUUAAAAAUCAGGAUGAAAUUGAAAAGAUUAUUUGGAAUACUUGGACAAGUCCAAUUGGUGAUGAUAUUCUUGGAAUUUGGCCAAAAGGUGUUAAAAAAGAUCAUAUUAAUUGUGUACAUGCAACAUCAUCAACAAUUGUUACUGGUGAUGAUCAUGGUGCUGUUAAAUUAUUUAAAUUUCCAUGCCCAGAACCUGGAGCUGAAUGUAAAACUUUUUAUGGUCAUUCUGAUAAUGUAACAAGUGUUCGAUUUCUUGCAAAUGAAAGAUAUUUAGUUAGUUUAGGUGGUGAUGAUUGUUGUAUCUUUCUAUGGAGAUGUAUUACCGAAUCAAAUAUUCACGAUGAAAAUUAA